AUGGCGAAUCAAGCGUUCGAAGAUAUAGUCAAGAGAUUGGCUACAUCUGAAUUCGAACCAAAGAGCAAGCUUGAUGCUGCAACUACGUUGCGCGACACGCUUGACCAUCAUACCAAUGGCCCCGGCUAUGCGCAAUUCCUCGGGCGGGUGAUGCCGCUGUUCAUACAUAUCCUCAAAGGACCCUGUCUCUUCCAAAGCACAUCUCCGGAACAGAAACUCCGCAACUGCGUACUAGAGAUCCUCCACCGACUCCCUACGCAUCAAACAUCACCCGAGCCCUUCGAGCCAUACGCAGAAGACGUUGUCGAGCUUCUCAUGCAACUUGUGAAGAACGACAAUGAAGAGAACGCGACUCUCUGUGUCAAGAUCAUCUCCGAUAUCAUGCGGCACCAACCCAAAGUCCUGCAAGGCAAAGUUCAACCCUUCUUGAGCUUGAUUCAAGAGUUGUUCGAGCAGAUGGACAGAGUGGUUAGGGAACAGCUGGAUAGCAGUGCUGUCCUAUCAGGCACCUCAGGCGCACCUUCCACGCCUGGUAGCACACAGACAAACUUUCAGUCGCCACGGCCUGGCUCGCCGGUUGCCUCUGUGACAGACCUCGGCCAAGAUUUAUCACAGCAGAGUCGACCAUUGUUGAAGGGAAUGCAGUCAUUCAAGGUUCUUUCCGAGUGCCCAAUAAUAGUGGUGUCAGUCUUCCAAACCUACCGAAACAUCAUCCCGCAUAAUGUGAAGCUAUUUGUACCCCUUAUUAAGUCGGUACUAUGCCUUCAGGCCAAGGCGCAGGAACAAGCACACAAUGAGGCCAGAGUAAGGGGAACUACGUUUGCUGGCGUGAGCGCCAGUAUCAAGAAUCGAGCGGCCUUCGGAGAAUUCAUUACAGCUCAGGUCAAGACGAUGAGCUUUUUGGCUUACCUCCUUCGCCAAUACUCGAGCCAGUUGACCGAUUUCUUGCCAACAUUGCCAGAAAUUGUCGUCCGACUUCUGAAGGACUGCCCAAGAGAGAAGUCGGCAGCCCGCAAGGAACUCCUCGUGGCAAUUCGACACAUCAUCAACUUCAACUUCCGCAAGAUUUUCUUGCCCAAGAUUGACGAAUUGCUGGAGGAGAAGACCUUAAUAGGCGAUGGACUGACGGUAUAUGACACAAUGAGACCCCUAGCAUACAGUAUGCUGGCUGAUCUGAUCCAUCACGUUCGAGAUUCUCUGUCUCCGGAGCAGAUUCGCAAGACAGUGGAGGUUUAUACGAAGAACUUGCUUGACAAUUUCCCCGGCACCAGUUUUCAGACCAUGAGCGCAAAACUGCUUCUUAAUAUGGCAGAGUGCAUUGCUAAGAUGCAGAACAAAGUGGAUGCCCGGCACUAUCUCGUCAUGAUUCUGAAUGCAAUCGGGGACAAGUUUGCGGCCAUGAACAGACAAUACCCGAAUGCAGUAAAGCUGUCCAAGCUAUAUGCGCAGCAGGCGGCCGAUCAGGUGCCAGACACAUACCUGGCGGAUAAAGAGCAUCGUCCUGAAUGGGACGAGACUGAUAUAUUCACUGCCAUGCCCAUUAGGAUGUCGAACUCGCGAGAUCGGGGUGCUGAUCCCGUCGUGGACAACAAGUUUCUGUUCAAGAACCUCAUGAAUGGCCUGAAGAAUACUUUCUACCAGCUGAAAGUGUGCAAUGUUGCAAUGCCUAUCGAUCCUCAAAAUGCACCACAAUACUGGCAAGAUGUCUCUUAUGGCUUCUCCGCCGAGGAAGUCAAGGUGGUAGUCAAGCUGUUCCGAGAGGGAGCUUACGUCUUCCGCUACUACGAGAUCGAAAAGCCAGCGGCUGAAUCACAAUUCGCUUCCCCUGUGGAAUACAUGGCCAACUUCUACAUGGUAUCGAGCAGCAAGGAAGAGAAAGAUCUUCUGGAGACGUUUGCAACGGUAUUCCAUUGCAUCGACCCAGCUACCUUUCAUGAAGUAUUCCAACAGGAAAUUCCACGACUUUAUGAGAUGAUCUUUGAGCACACAGCUUUAUUGCAUAUUCCCCAAUUCUUUCUUGCAAGUGAAGCGACAUCUCCGAGCUUCUGCGGGAUGUUAUUGAAGUUCUUGAUGGAACGCAUCGACCAGGUGGGAUCGGCUGAUGUCAAGAAAUCGUCCAUUCUCCUGCGUCUUUUCAAGCUUGCCUUCAUGGCCGUCACUCUUUUCGCAAAUCAGAAUGAGCAAGUCUUGUUGCCCCAUGUCGUCGAUAUUGUUACAAAGUCAAUAGAGCUGUCGACCAAGGCCGAAGAGCCUAUGAACUAUUUUUUGCUGCUCCGAUCAUUAUUCAGAAGCAUCGGCGGAGGAAAAUUCGAACACCUCUACAAGCAGAUUCUUCCUUUACUCGAAAUGUUGCUCGACGUUCUCAACAAUCUCCUCAUGGCGGCCCGCAAACCAGCAGAGCGAGAUCUGUACGUAGAAUUGUGUCUCACAGUUCCAGCUCGUUUGAGUAACCUGCUUCCUCAUCUGAGUUUCUUAAUGAGACCUCUGGUUGUAGCACUACGAGCCGGAACUGAUCUUGUUGGUCAAGGGCUGCGGACACUGGAGCUCUGCGUCGACAACCUCACCGCCGAUUACCUCGAUCCCAUCAUGGCACCUGUGAUCGAAGAACUCAUGAACGCCCUUUUUGAGCACCUAAAGCCUCAUCCUUACAGCCAUUUCCACGCACACACAACCAUGCGCAUUCUGGGGAAACUCGGGGGCAGAAACAGAAAGUUCAUGACAGAAGCCCUGCCAGUCAACUUUCAGAAGUACGCCGAUGAUCCGGCCAGUUUCAACGUGCGAUUGAUAGGAUCCAAGAGGGACAGAGCCUUUCGUGCCGAUAUGGGCAUCGAUUUUGCGAUUCGCAAGUUGAUGGAGACGCCGAAGCCCCCCAAGAGCGCAUCUGCCAAGCAGUCUGACGCAUUCUACAAGAGGCAAUCCUUCCAAUUGAUCAAAAAUCAGUUGAAACUUCGGAUUGGGGAUGAUCCCAAGGAUUCUUUGCCUGAGGAUCUGCCACGGCUCGUUCGACUCCAUGCUCAAGACUUCCUCUCUCGUAAAUGUGAUGUAGAUCUUUCGACUUUUGACGUAUCGGACCGAGGGAAAUCUGUUGUCAAGAAAGACGAGCAAGAUGAGAUCGUGAAACGACUUAUGAAGGCCAUCAUGUUCGCCGAGUCAUUGCCCGAAUUCCGAGAUGAAGCCGACUUGUUACUCAUGAACUUGUGUCGCCACUUCGCCAUCAUUGAGGUCGGCCGCGGGCUUGUUGAAUUUAAGCGAGCUAGUAGUGCGUUCGACGUGAAGGCCGGCGAGGGUCUUUUGUUCAUCGACACACGCAUUUUAUGUGACGCCAUCGCUGAGUCGCUUGCGUCAGACUUGUCCGAAGUUCGUGAUGCCGCAUUUCGUGCUGUGCGUGCUGUAUACGACUCAACGGCGACGGUUUUCGGCUCCGAGAGCCAUGUCGGAAGACUCUCCUUUUUCGGCCAUCUCAGCAAUACUUUUUGCCAUGGCUGCCAUGAGGAAGAGUGGUUCACCAAAACCGGUGGCACACUUGGUAUUAAGUUUCUCUUGACGGAAAUUAAUCUUGGCGAUGCCUGGGUUGCUGCAAAGCAGAUGGACUUCAUUCGCGCUUUGCUGUAUGUCGUGAAGGAUAUGCCGCAAGAUCUUCCCGAAAAGACCAGAAACUCAGCGCAAGAAACUUUGGAGUUGCUUCUGAAACGAAUCACCAAGAAUGUCAAGAAAGAAGACGCGAUUCCAUCCGCAGCUCAAGCUGGACAAUUGCAGCCUAAGACCACAUCUCGCCUGGCACAGAUCUGCACUUUAUUCAACGAUGAGCUAUCCCACAUGAACAAACACGUGCGAGGAACUGCUAGACGGUCACUGGAGAUCAUUGCGCAGGCGACGAAUGCGGAGAUAUGGGAAAUUUUGGAACCACAUAAGGAACGUCUGUUGUCACCGAUCUAUGCAAAACCCUUGCGGGCGUUGCCAUUUUCCACCCAGAUUGGCUACAUCGAUGCCGUGGGCUACUACAUGGGUUUGAAAAAUGAUUUCGUGUCCUUCGAUGACCAUCUCAACCGGCUGCUCAUGGAAUCGCUGGCUUUGGCUGAUGCGACAGAUGAAUCUUUAGCUGGCAAGCCUGCGGAAUUUCGGACACAUGAAUCUAUCGUUAAUCUUCGGGUUGCUUGUAUCAAAAUAUUGAGUAAGGCCAUGGGCUUCGAUGCCUUCUCACAGGGCCAAAACAACCCUACGAGGACCAAGAUCGUUUCCGUCUUCUUCAAAUGUCUCUAUUCGGAAUCAAAACCGACAAUAGAGGCUGCCAACGAGAGCCUUAAAGCCGUGCUGACGCACACAAGUAAGCUGCCCAAAGACCUUCUCCAACAAGGGCUGAGGCCAGUUCUGGCCAAUCUUCAGGAUCCUAAGAGGUUGACAACACACGGCCUCGAGAACCUGGCACGUCUUCUGCGCCUUUUGACUACAUACUUCAAGGUUGAGAUUGGAGCACGACUGCUGGACCACAUCAAGGUGCUUGCAGACACGAACCUGUUGACCCAGAUUUCAUUCACGUUCUUCGAACAGCACACUCAGAUGAAGGUUAUCGCCGCUGUGUUCAAUAUUUUCCACCUUCUGCCUCCGGCAGCCGAGCAGUUCAAAGAGAGACUCAUCGAUACAGUGUUGGAGCUGGAAGAGAAGUUGAGGAGAACGCAGUACAGUCCUUUCCGACCUCCCUUGUAUAAGUACCUCAACCGGUAUCCCCAAGAAAUUUGGGGUUUCCUGUUAGCCAAGCUGGAGGACAUCAAAUAUGGUCGCUUCCUAGCUCAGGUGUUAUUGGACCCUGACAGCCAGGCGCUCAGAGACCACGCUGCCGCCAAUGUUGAGAUGCUGAUUAAGACCUGCAACGACGUUGUUAGUGCAAACAAGGAUACGAGGUUCUUGGCCGUUGUGAACACGGUCAACAUUCUAGACUCCCUUGGCAAGUUCCCUAGCACGCAGGGCUGGAUGGAACGAAAGGAGACCAUCAACUGGUUGAAGCAAGUUGGCAGAGACUUGGAGCGCCAUCUUCGGACCAACCAAUUGCCUCAAAACCUAAGACUGCCUGCCGAUCAAGCAGCUGAGCAACUGAUGGCAAUGUUCACAAAAGCGCUCUCAGCCAAUUCCAAAGACUUGGAUUCGCUUUUCGGCCUUGUCGAAUUGGUCACCUCAGAUGCCUUUCGAGCAACACCAUCACUGUUCUUGUAUAUCUAUCAAAACGUCAUCUGCAACGACUCAAUCGACUAUUGGAAAUCUGUCAUCCUGAGGUGCCUGGAUAUCUAUGCUGGCAGGCAGGCAACUCAGAAGACAAAGUGCUUCUUACUUCGCAACAUCGUCAACCCCAUCGUGGCCAUGGAUGUAAUGAGGAACUGGAAUCACGACCAAUUCAAGGCCAAACGAUUAAUGGAUCGUUCUGUGAUUGAGUCUAUCAAUGCGAAGAUCUGGAAAGUCAACCUUGGGGAUCCUCAGGAGGAUUUGGCCCAGCCGGGCAUUGACCACACGCGUAUGGAAGUUCUUCAAUUGUCGGCCAUGCUGGUCAAAUAUCAUCAUGCCAUCCUCCAGGACGCGAGAAAAGACAUCAUCAAAUUUGGAUGGACGUAUAUCCGACUGGAUGAUGUAAUCAACAAGCAUGCUGCAUACGUCGUCAUUGGGUAUUUCAUCGCACACUAUGAGACACCCGCGAAAAUCGUCACCCAGGUGUACUACUCACUCCUGAGGACAAAUCAGAAUGAGGGUCGUGCUUUGGUCACCCAGGCCUUGGAGUUGAUGGCCCCUGUUUUACCCAAGCGGUGCAAUGCCUUGCCGAGUGAUCGCAACGCCGUCUGGGCAAUGGCACCGCGCCGUAUACUGGCCGAGGAGGGUCAAAACGUGCAGCAGAUGACGAGCAUCUUCCACUUCCUCGUUCGGCAUCCAAACUUGUUCUACGAGUCUCGCGACAAGUUUGCAUUGCUCAUCAUUACUUCCCUUCGAAAGGUCUCUGCACCGCAGACUUCUUCGAACGAGAACAAGAAACUGGCAUUGAACAUGAUGUGGCUGAUCUGGGAAUGGGAGCAAAGGCGCGUUGAAGGGAAACGUGGGAGCCUCUCUCGGUCUUUAUCUGAAUCGCCCAACUCCAAGAAGCGGCGGCUUGACAGCGACCACCCAAUGUCUUCCCCACCAGCGGCCAGGCAGGUUGCUCCGGUCAAAGAAUUUCAGAUUCCCGAUGGAUAUCGCAUUAAAAUGGUCAAGUACCUCGUGGAGUUCAUCGCGCAGCUGAGCGAGCGAUACCAACUCCCCUCCGUGAAGCCACGAGAUGCAGCAAAUCAUGUUGGACCGGUGCUGCCUUUGUCUACGGAGUUGUGCAAGAAGGCAAUGUCCCUCCUAUACAACCUCCUUCAACCACAAUACUGGGGAGAUCUCGACGUCGAUUUGUUUCCCAAUGUAACGGAAGUGGUACUUGCCAGCGAAAAGACGACGAAGAUAUUGAACGCCGACCCAACAGACAAGGAGAACUACGACGAAAAGUUCAUCACAAACAUCAUCAACACACUGCAGGUUGUCCGAAUCAUCCUCAACUUCAAGAAAGACGAAUGGAUCGUCAAAAACAUGCCAUCCAUUCAGAAGAUCCUUGAGAAGUGUCUGAAAUCGGAAAAUCCCGAGCUACAAGAUUGUCUGCACUUCGCGGAUAAGAAGUAUGAUGAUGGGCGGGUGAUGAAGGCUACUAUUCAGCGUGUUCUUGAUGCCGUGCCCGAGGAUGUGCCCAUGGAGGACGCCGACGCUGAGGGAGAACCAGAGGCCCCAACAUCGGAGUUUAUCGCCUUUCUUUCCAACAUUGCGACGGAAACUCUCAACGCAGCCAACUACGUGUCUGGUGUUACAAUCCUCUGGUCUUUGGGCCAACGCAAGCCGACAGUCAUUGACCAGCAUAUCAUAUCAUUGAUGAAAGCCCUGCAACAGAAGCUUGCUAGAGAGCAUGUGCAACAUUAUACGAGUGUUACGGCCCACCAGAUGAACAUGGCUCAGCUGAGAGCUGCAGACCCAAAUUCUCAGGGAGAGUUAUCUGCAUAUGAUCUCGAGAUUCAGACGAACUUAAUGAUCAAAGCUAUCGAGGUAACGGCUAUGCGAAUGGAAAUUCUCGGCGACAACCGGCGCCCGUUUCUUAGUGUAUUGGCCACACUUGUUGAAAAAUCACUCCAUAUUCCUCUGUGCCAGAAGAUCCUUGAGAUGGUUGAGGAUUGGGUUUUCCGAUCUGAAGGAACUUGGCCAACUCUCAAGGAGAAAACUGCAGUUUUGCACAAGAUGCUAUCCUUCGAACACCGUAAUGAUCCCACAAUGUUGACCAAGUUCCUAGAGCUGGUCAUCCGCAUCUAUGAAGAUCCCAAAAUCACUCGAACAGAGCUGACAGUCCGCAUGGAGCAUGCAUUCUUGAUAGGGACCAGAGCCCAGGAUGUCGACAUGCGAAACAGAUUCAUGGCCAUCUUCGACAAGAGUCUUUCGAAGGCCGCAACGGCGCGGUUGGCGUACGUGAUUACUUCGCAAAAUUGGGACACUCUAGCAGACUCCUUCUGGCUUGCUCAGGCCUCUCAACUCCUUCUUGGUGCUGUUGAAGCCCACAACCCAGUCCAACUUCAUAAAGACGACUUCCGCACGAUGCCUACGUCUAUGCUAUUUAAGACGUAUGCCAACGAUGUCAGAGAACCGACAAUCAUGAUUGAUGACAAGUACGAAACGUUCAUGGCCAAUCACCGGCACUUCGUCGAUGAACUUGGGGAUGUCAAAGUCCGUGACAUCGUUGAACCUAUCACUCAGCUUCAACAUAUUGACACCAAUUUGGCCCAUGAGCUGUGGGUGGCCCUCUUUCCGAUGUACUGGUCUGCCACAAUGAAGGAUGAGAAGGCAGAUCUCGAGAAGGGCAUGGUUAUGCUGUUGACGAAAGACUUCCAUUCCCGUCAAAUCGAUAAGAGACCAAAUGUGGUUCAGUCCCUCCUCGCCGGUGCGGCUAAGUCUUGGCCGGAGUGCAAAAUACCACCCCAUGUGUUGAAGUUCGAAGCGAAGACAUAUGACGCAUGGUACACAGCCUUGGUUCAGCUGGAGAAUGCGGCGAUCAGGCCAGAUGUUGAAUCACCAAACGUUCGCGAGAGCAACCUCGAUGCCUUGGUUGAAUUGUACGCCAAUCUCAAGGAGGAUGACUUGUUCUACGGCACGUGGCGUCGGCGUUGUCAGUUUGUCGAGACAAAUGCGGCCCUUUCAUAUGAACAAAACGGCAUGUGGGACAAGGCGCAGAAGAUGUACGAGGCAGCUCAGAUCAAGGCGCGCACUGGUGUCAUUCCAUUCUCUCAAGGAGAGUACAUGCUCUGGGAGGAUCACUGGGUUCUUUGUGCCGAAAAGCUUCAGCAAUGGGAGAUCCUGCAGGACUUCGCCAAGCAUGAAAACCUGCAAGACCUAUUACUGGAGUGCGCAUGGCGUAACAUUGAGAUGUGGCAGACCCAGGAACAUCGCGACAGCUUGGAUCAUCUCAUAAAGGGUGUCAUGGAUGCCCCCACUGCUCGGCGAGCCUUCUUUCAGGGUUUCAUGUAUCUGCUCAAGCUUCACAACAACAAGACGCCAGAGUCCCAACCUGAGUUCAACCGGGUCUGCGACGAAGCCAUUCAGCUGUCAAUUCGCAAGUGGCAUCAAUUGCCGAAGCGCUUGACCGCCGCCCAUAUUCCCAUGCUUCACAACUUCCAGCAGCUCGUGGAACUACAUGAUGCCAGUGUCAUAUGCCAGAGCUUGGCCAAUACUAAUUCGAGCAACCUCGAUGUCAAGUCCGGUGAGCUCAAAUUGCUGCUAGGUUCGUGGCGUGACCGGCUCCCCAACGUCUGGGACGAUAUCACCGACUGGCAAGACCUUGUCACGUGGCGACAACAUAUAUUUGGUCUAAUCAACAGCACAUACCUGCAGUUAUUGCCUCAGCAAGGUCAAAAUGCGAACGGUGCAUCCUUUGCUUAUCGGGGGUACCAUGAGACAGCGUGGAUCAUUAAUCGUUUUGCCCAUGUCGCCCGCAAGCACAACCUUCCUGAUGUUUGCAUCGCCCAACUCAGCCGGAUAUAUACUCUACCCAACAUCGAGAUCCAAGAAGCUUUUCUGAAGCUGAGGGAGCAAGCCAAAUGCCACUAUGAGAACCCGGAGGAGCUGACGAGCGGAUUGGAUGUGAUUAACAAUACCAACUUGAACUACUUUAACAAUCAGCAAAAGGCCGAGUUUUAUACUCUCAAGGGAAUGUUUUUGGAGAAGUUGAAGCAAAAGGAUGAAGCAGAUGCUGCUUACGGUACUGCGUUGUACUACGACAUUGGAAAGGCGAAGGCCUGGGCUGAGUGGGGCUACUUCAACGAUCGCAAGUUCAAGGAAGAUCCGACAGACACCAACUCGGCGAAGCAGGCAUUGACGUCUUAUCUCCAAGCUAUCGGCAGUUAUAAGAACGGCAGGGCUCGCAAGCUGAUUGCACGCAUCCUGUGGCUUCUGAGUCUGGAUGAUGCGAACGGCACCAUCGCGUCCGGCUUUGACGACUAUAAGGGUGAGACUCCUGUGUGGUACUGGAUAACCUUCAUUCCGCAGCUUCUCACUGGUUUGGGACACAAGGAGGGACCAAAAUGUCAUGCUAUUCUGCACAAAAUUGCGAAGUCAUAUCCUCAGUCGCUGUAUUUCCAGCUGCGAACUAACCGCGAAGACAUGCUGGCCAUCAAGAAAAACCAAGAAGCAAAGGAGAGGGCUCGCCAACACAAGGAGAGGGCGCAAUCCGCUGCUACCAACGGAAAGCCAACCAGCUCGCCAUUGCAAGCAAAACAGGACAACCCACAAGCCAAGUCCGAGUCAUCAUCCCGUCCCCAGACGGCGAAUGGCGAAGGCGCCGCGCAGCCCAAGGCAGAACCGUCUGACGAUAAGGCGGCAUCUACUACUCUGGCUGCGGUAGGCGAACAGAAACCUGCUGACGCAGGCGCUGCCUCAGCCGCUGGCCAGAAGAAACCGCCAUGGGAACUCACUGAAGAGAUCAUGUCUGUUCUGAAAACAGCAUUCCCGUUAUUAGCCUUGUCGAUGGAGACGAUGGUGGACCAGAUCCAGAAGCACUUCAAGUGCCCGCCUGACGAGGAUGCGUAUCGCUUGAUUGUAGCACUACUCAAUGACGGUCUUGCGUAUGUGAGUAGAAUGCCGCCAUCUUACGCAAAGGACGUGAAACUGCCCACCGCAACCGAAACGAACAUCACCCGUUUCGCAGAAACCAUCCUGCCUGCCCAUAUCAAGAAAUCAUUUGAAGCAGACUUUGUCCGUGUUAAGCCCACAAUGUACGAAUACAUCCACAAGCUCCGCAAGUGGCGCGACAAGUUCGAGGAGAAGCUCGAUCGCCGAAGCCCCAGAGACACACUCGAACGAUACUCGCGACAUCUCAGCGAGUUCAGAUACCAGAAGUUUGACGACGUGGAGAUUCCGGGACAGUACCUGCAGCACAAGGACAAAAACCAGGACUUCAUUCGAAUCGAGCGCUUCUUGCCCAAUGUUGACCUUGUCAGAACUAUUGGUGUUUCGCAUAGGCGAAUCAAGAUUCGUGGACAUGACGGCAGUAUCCACGCCUUCGCUAUACAACACCCGGCGGCAAGGCACUGUCGCAGGGAGGAGCGGAUCCUGCAACUGUUUCGGCACCUGAACCAGACCCUUGCUAAGAAGAAGGAAAGUCGGCGCCGAGACUUGCAGUUCACUCUUCCACUCAUGGUUCCCCUCGCUCCGCAUAUAAGGAUCGUGCAGGAGGAUACCUCUUACAUCACUUUGCAAGGCAUUUAUGAAGAUCAUUGUCGGCGAAACGGCAUGCAGAAGGAUGAGCCCGUGCUCUUUACUAUGGAUAAGCUCAGGGGCUUGCUGGUUGAGCCUAAGGGUCUCGUAAGUGCCAAGGACGAAAAAAGCAUGGUUGCAAGUACUGACACUUCGGGCCAGAACCAAGCUGAGCAGAAACUGAACGCUAGGCUCGAAGUGUUCUCUGCCAUCCAAGACAAAUGGGUCCCUCACACGGUGGCAUUGGAGUACUUCCAGGCCACAUAUCCCGAGUUCUCGGAAUUCUGGUUGUUCCGGCGCCGCUUCUCCUACCAGUUAUCAGCGUUGACCUUCAUGACAUACAUUUUAUACAUGACUAAUCGUUAUCCCCACAAGAUCAACAUUGCACGCGGCUCCGGCAAGAUCUGGGGCUCUGAAUUGAUGGCUUACAUGGCCACACAAAAACCCUUCUUCCACAACCCUGAGCCGGUUCCUUUCCGUCUUACGCCCAACCUCCAGACUUUGAUGGGUCCACUGGCGACCGAGGGCAUCUUCAGUUGCGCGCUCAUGGCCAUCGCCCGCUGUCUCACCGAGCCCGAAUUUGAGCUGGAGCACGCUCUCACGCUUUUCGUACGUGACGAGAUGAUAUUCUGGUUUACAAGCAGUCAUAGGCAGAUUCACCUCAACGAGAACCAACUCCGUGAUACGGUGCAGACAAAUUGCGACAUGAUUGUCAAGCGGGCCGUGAGCCUGGCGGCUAGCCCCGUUGGUAAUCUCCCUGCGAACCAGACAGUCAUUGACCUCAUUGCCAAGGCGGUGAACCCAAUGAGUCUGGCCCAAUGCGAUGCACUGUGGAUGCCGUACUUGUAA